UUCACCCAGAAUCUGUCGUCAGUUUUGUCGGAUCCGAAACGUUCUCGCUCUGAGGUGCAUGCCUUCUUCACUCGGCACUGGGGCGAUUCGUUUGUGCCGAAGACGCGAAUCGCUUCAUCGCCAGCCUUACCGGCCAUCGAUUUGGCACAUUUCAAAAACUAUUUGGAUACAAUUGCUAAGAAACAUUUGAAAUAUGUGAAAGCGAAGAGAGAGUUGAGCAGAUGUUUGACACGUCGUGAAGAGAACACAAGAACUGAUACAAACGACGUUCCGCCGAUCCUGCUAUCGCCACACUUUUCAUUGGCCGAUUCGGAAACAUUUGAAGCGAUAUUUUUGGAACCGAAACAGGGCGAUGCGGAGGAUCAACUGUGGAUGGUCGAUAAAACAGCGAUCGCAUGCUCAUCAAGCACGAAUCCGUUCGAUGAGGACAACACCACUCCAGAAAGCACACCAAAGACGUCACGACAAGCCGAUCGCAGUCGAACUUCUCCGCAGAAGUCAAACGUGCGAUUCGAUGCGGGUCGCGGACGGGUAUUUCGAUCGUACGAAACACUUCAGAAUCGACUGGAAUAUUACCAUGAUGUUGUUGAUUCAAGAUUGAAUAAUCAGCUGGCUGCAAAAUCGAACUCUUUUUGGAAAACGGUUAAGUCGUGUGGAAGUUUAUAUGGAGAACUGAAUGAUGCGCAAAAUAAAGUCAAAUGUUUACGGAAAAAUCUCCAAGAGGUGAAUGAGAAAGUUUACUUGAGAAUGGUAAAAAUCAUAGAAUUGUACAAGAGGAGAGAGCAGCGUGAGAAACUCCUUCAGAAAUUGCAGGAUAUAUCCUGCUUACGAGAUGCACAAUUGACCGUUCAAAUGUUGUUGAAUCAGAGUGACUAUCCAAAAGCGCUGGAAUGCAUCGAAACAGCUCAAGAUGUGCUACGUUCUGACCUGCGUGGCAUUCUCUGUUUCAGGCACUUAAGUUCUCAAUUGCAAGAGUUGUAUAAAGUGAUCGGUAAGAUGCUGCAAGAAGAAUUUGUUGCAUUGGUGCAAAAAGAAUUGGGACGAUCGUGUGAGACUGAAGCAGAGGCAACUUGUCAAGAUGGUCAGUUCAAUCCGGUAGUGAUUGGCCUGUUGCGUGUUCGAGAGCUUCGUUUCGUUCAUGUACUACAGCAGGAAAUCGUUGAAGCAAUCAAAAAUUUGCUGCGACAGACGAUCAAAUCGCAUGUGGUAUCGAAUUGCAGUGCAAACGGUCAACAACAGUUGAGUGUCUAUGAUCCAACAUUGGGAAGUUUGGGUAAUCAAAUGCGUAAGUUGUCGUUAAAUGAAUGGUUGAAUGCAUUGGAACAUCUGCUGCAUGUGCUCUUCUAUAUGUGCCGUCGAGUGCAAACCAUUCAAGAGCUCAUCACCGAGAACAUCGAUCGUUACGUGGAGUUGUACUGCGAUAGCGGUAACGUUGUGGAGCAACCACAAUGCACUUCAUCACUAUCUAUGGAAAGAAUUGAGCAGACGGAAUCAGCGUUCUCACAGCAGCAACAAUCAAAUCUUACGAGCAACACUAGCAGCAGCAAUAAUAAUAAUAAUAAUCAUCCGUCAAUAAUCGUUGAGCAAGACGACGAACCAGAAGAUGAUUUGGAGGAUGAUUUGACGGUAGACGGAGUGGCAGAGAGUGUUGAUCAACUGCCGGACUUAUCACCAUCAGGAUCCGUGACCAGUAUGGUUCUCGAUCCUAUCAGAAUGCCAAAAUUACCGUCUACAGUCUCACUAGAUAGAAUGCCAUCUGACAGCACUGCCACAGCACCAACAAAACACAUUUUUGCAAUUCAUCACAGUCAGUCUUCAGUAUGUGUUCACAACGCAUCUGAUCUGCAACACCAACAAAAGCACGCUGCACUGUUUAAUCAACGUAGAGCUAGUAUUAUUUCACACGGUGACAGUGCAAAUUCUUCAGAUAUGAGUACACAACCACCGUUAAAAGUCUCCACACCAGCUGCCGUUUUAUCAAUGCCGUGUAGGAAUAUCCCACAGGUGCGACAAUCAAUAUCGUUAUUGACUGGACAUGCGACGUAUACGGCUCAGGAACGAAGUUGUCGACUUUUCGUUGCAAGAUCAAAGGAUGGAUUUCUGGAGCGAUUAUCUUUAUGUGAAUUUCAACGAGUGUUACGAAUCGCCGACGAAUUCAUUAAUCGAUGCGGUUUGUUGAUUGGACGUGAAGUGAAGUAUUCAUCACCGUUACAGUUGUGUAUUGUGCAGCUGAGUGCGCGUUUCAUCAAGCAUUUUCAUCAGGAUCGUAAAGCGAAAUUGAGCCAUAUUUUGGAUUCGGAGAAUUGGCGUGCUGGUGAGGUGCCUGAGUUGUUUCAACGGAUUGUCGACGAAUGCUUACGAAACGAACGUUUGAGCGAUGUGUCAACUGCUGUUGAUCAGAAGCAAUCAUCUGUUGAUGCAAACACCUCGAAGAAUCAUCAGAACGCUUUGAUGGUCGAUGGCGAACCAUAUGUUGUUGUCGGGACUGCGCUCUUGGUACUGCAAAUGAUGGCUGAGUAUUGUGACGCACUCGCUGUUCUGCCUGAAUUUGCUUCUGAAUUGUUGAUGUGCGUUGUGGAGGUGUUGAAGAACUUCAACUCACGUAGUUGUCAACUGAUACUCGGAGCUGGUGCUCUACAGCUGAUCGGUUUGAAGUCAAUCAGCGUUAAACAUUUAGGUAGUGGACCAUUUCACACUUUGUCGUCGCGAUGCCUUCAAUUGAUACUUCGUUUCAUACCCUAUCUCAAGGCCGAUUUCGAAAAGCAGUUAUCUGCUGGGAAGCAGAAUCAAUUAAGACAUGUUACUCAUAUUAUGCGGGAUUACAACGAUCAUAUCGAUGAAAUCGUUAACAAGUUGAUCAGCGUCAUUGAACAUCAUACAGUUGCGCAACUGCAACAAUGGGAGCCGAAAGGAUCUGUUCCGUCAGCGGCGUUUCAACAGAUCUCCAAACAACUGGGCAAAUUUUACGGGGGUCUAACUGGUAUUAUGCCCGAAGAAAUGAUACAGGUGAAAUGGAUUUGGUUAUGUAGUUUUGCAAAAUUUGAUGGUAGGAAAAUGAAACUGGGUUAUUCGAUCAGAGUUUGA